UUGAACUAUUGCAGUGGUACCUGUAGGAUACAUUUUUGAAGUUUUCAGAGCCAUUGUGGACUCAGCAGCAGACUUUAAGAAAGGCAUAAUUAUGUGGUACCAAGGGUAGAAGUUUCUGUAGUAAUAUCUUCAGAAGUGGUAGUUUGAGCCAAUGUGGUUUCUACAGCGGAUUGUUCCAACAGUUGUCAUUACAUGUGUGGAUGAUCCCAAUACUAUUCCUGUUGAACUAACAGAUGGUUUUGUUUCAAGCAAAAGUGGUGGCAAGGGUACUAGUGUGUGCACAAGUGGUACCCAGGGAAGUACCUUCUACAAAAGAGGGACCAACGGUGUUUUUUUUUUUUUACAGAAGUGGUGCCAAAAGUAGUAGUUUCUACAGUAGUGGUGCCUAAUGGUAGUUUGAGCCAUUGUGGUUUCAACAGCAGGCGUUAAGACAGGUGUGCCUAUAGCUGUAGUUCCUGCUGAACUAAUUGAGGGUGUUGUUUCAGCAAAAGUGCUAUCAAGCAUUAUAGUUAAUGCAGAAGUGGUUCCAAGUGUAGUUUCUGGAGAAGUAGUGCCCAAGUUAGUACCUUCUACAGAUGUAGUACUAAGGGUAGUGCACAAGUGGUACCCAGGGAAGUACCUUCUACAAAAGUGGGACCAACGGUGGUGUUUUUUUUUUUUUCAGAAUUGGUGCCAAGUGUUGUAGUUUCUGCAGUAGUGGUGCCUAAUGGUAGUUUGAGCCAUUGUGGCUUCAACAACAGAUGUUAAGGCAGGUGUAGUUAUAGUGGUGCCAAGAGUAGUAGUUUUUGGAAAAGUAGUGCCCAAGGUAGUACUUUCUGCAGAAGUGGUAGUUUUGGUCACUGUGGUUUCAUCAACAGAUGUUAAGCAAGGCAAAGUUAUAGCUGAGGUUGUUUUUCCAGUAGUUGUCAUUACUGGUGGGUAUGUUGCCAAUACUACUGCCUUUGAACUAACUAAGGGUGCAGUUUCUGCAGAAAUGGUACCAAAUUUAGUACUUUCUGCAGAAGUGAUGCCAAGAGUACUAGUUUAUACAGAAGUGCUACCAAGUGUAGUCAUUUCUACAGAUGUGGUUUCAAAAGUAGUAAUUUCUGCAGAAGUGGUAGUUUGAGCCAGUGUGGUUUCAACAACCGAUGUUAAGGCAGGUGUAGUUAUAGUUGAGGUUGUUGUUCCAGCAGUUGUUUUUACUGGUGUGGUUUCCAAUACUAUUCCUGCUGAAUUAACUGAGGGUGCAGUUUCUGCAGAACUGGUGUCAAGAGUAGUAAUUUCUGCAGAAGUGGUAGUUUGAGCCAUUGUAGUUUCAACAGCAGAUGUCAAGGCAGGCGUAGUUAUGGUUGAGGUUGGUGUUCCAGUAGUUGUCAUUAAUGGUGUGGAUGUUUCCAAUACUAUUUCUGUUGAACGAACUGAGGUAGUUUCAGUGAUACCAAGGGUAGUAAUUUUUGCAGAAGUGGUGCCUAGGGCUGUACAUUCUAUAGAAGUGGCACCAAGUGCAGUAAUUUCUGCAGAGGUGGUACACUGAGCCACUGUUGUUUCAACAGCAGACGUUAAGGCAGGCAUAGUUGAGGUUGUUGUUGUUCCGGCCAUUGUCAUUCCAAGUGUGGAUCAUUUCCAUUAAUUCAUUUCCAAUAAUUCUGUUGAACUUACAGAGGAUGUUGUUUCUGCAGAAGUGGUGCCCAGGGUUGUACUUUCUACAGAAGUGGUGCCAAGUGCAGUAAUUUCUACAGACGUGGAUCCAAGUGUAGUAAUUUCUGCAGAAGUGGUAGUUUGAGCCACUGUGGUUUCAACAGCAGAUGCUAAGGCAGGCGUAGUCAUGCUUGUUGUUCCAGCAGUUGUCAUUACAAGCAUGGAUGUUAACAAGAUUCCAGUUGAACUUACAGAGGAUGUUGUUUCUGCAGAAGUGGUGCCCAGGAUUGUGCUUUCUAUAGAAGUGAUGCCAAGAGUAGUAGUUUCUGCAGAGGUUGUGCCCAGGGUUGUACUUUCUACAGAAGUGGUAGUUGUUUCUGCAGAAGUCGUGCCCAGGGUUGUGCUUUCUGCAGAAGUGAUGCCAAGGUUAGUAGUUUCUGCAGAUGUUGUGCUUUCUACAGAAGUUGUAGUAGUUUCUGCAGAAGUGAUGCCAAGGUUAGUGGUUUCUUCAGCAGUUGUGGCAAGGGUAUUAGUCUCUGUGGUAGUUUUAGCCAUUGCGGUUUCAACCGCAAACGUUACGGCAGGUGUUGGCUCAGGUGAGAUUGUUGCUCCAGCAGUUGUCAUAACAGGUGUGUAUGUUUUACUUGAUGAAAGUGUUCUUUGGCUAGUUUUAAGAGUUUUUUCAAAUUCCCCACAUGGAACAGUGGGUUUGACAUCAAAGUCUGAAAGGUCCAAAUCUGUCCCAAACUCUACAUCAGCAUCAACAACAGGAGUUGCAGUUUUGGUGAUCCUGUCUGGUUGUGUAGCUGCACUUGAGGAUUCCCCUUCUUUGGUUGUACCAAGCGUUAUAGUUGGUGGCCUGAAGGGAUCAGUGUUUGUCCAUGAAGUGGGGUGUGGAUAUCUAGGUGUGCUGGAUGGAAGUGUCCUUUGGGUAGUUUUAGGGAUUUCUUCAAAUUCCCCACAUGGAACAGUGGGUUUGACAUCAAAGUCUGGAAGGUCAAAGUCUGUCCCAACAGUAGGUAUUGAAUCAUAUUCCCAAAUAAAAUCAAAAGGGUCUUGUCUUCGUUUUCUGAUGGCCUUUUUAAACGUCUGUUGAACACAGGACAACAUGACUGUCUGCAAUUUUCCAGUCAC